AUGGAUCAAUCUAAAACCAAAGUUUCCACAGCAGUUUUUCUCUCUCAUAUACAACAAAUGACAAUCUUCUUUUCUCCUUUCUUUUUUUUAAAUUCAGACAGCCCCAUUCGAAGAAAAUCCAAUUUUUUCCACCAAGUCCUAAAGCGCAGCAAAUCAACUGGCACAGACUGCAUUCUUCGCAAUAGCUAUGUCAAUUUCGAAAACAUCUAUGGUGCACGCAUUGUGCACCGACGCACAAAGGAACAAAGCAAAGGUGAAGGCUUUUGCAUUGGGAUUGCAAUCCUCAUCUACGAACGGCAAGGUAACAACAAACUGCGGGAAAAGAACUUGACCUUUGCUAAUCCUUGUCAUGAGAUUUGCAAGCGGUGGGUUGAGGAAAUGGAACAGAUUCUUGGUGGCUUUACUGAGCGACCCAAGAAUGUAAAGGUUAUAUGUCAGCCCAUUUCAGGAAAUAAACAUGGGAAGAAUGUCUAUGCAAACGUUAUUGAGCCAAUCUUUAAAAACGCCAACAUACAGAUUGACUACUCUGAAUGUGAUCAAAGCAAUCCAGUUUCUUAUCAUACUGAAAAUGUAACAACUAAAAAUUAUGAUUGUUGUUCUCAUCAUACUGCUGCAGCCCCAGAGCCUCUUUUUGGGAUCACUUUUAAAGAAAUCUAUUCUUUCAAUUAUACUGCCAUGAAUGAACAGGCAUAUUGGCAUUCAGGGACUGUCAGAUGCAACACGCAUUACGGAGAAGGAACCACCAACCAAAUUGCUCAUUCUGUUCUUGGGACCUGUGAUGUAGUAACAGCUGCACUUCACAUCGUUUUAGGACACUUUCGAUACGUUGAUUUGUGUUCGGUCCACCAUGAAGGUCAGUUCUAUAAGUGGGCAUUUAAUAGCCAAUACGGAUUUGCAGGAAAUGUUCUUGCCUAUGCUGAUCGAUAUCGGUCAGUUCUUCAGUCCAAAAAAAUGGAAGGGGGUUUUUUGAAAGCUUUAACAAUGUCAAAAUUAAGAUCAUACAUGUGCAAAGUAGAGUACAUUCCAGUGGAAGAAACACCAGAAAAACGACCAUGUAGUAGAGGGUGCACUGUCUGCCGAUUGCCAGAGAGUCCAAUAGAUACGGACACAGCUGAUACACAACGUACUUACACAGGUAAGUCUUUAGGAAUUGAGUCUGUUCUUAUUUCUUUUUUUUUUUUUUUCAUAAGAAACUUUUUAUUUAUAUUGUCCAGACAUAUUUGCCAUUAG